GCGCGGUGAUCGCGCGAGACGAGGGGCGCCACGGGAACGGAGGAGGAGACGCCGACGUCUCCUUCGCUGUGUGGGCGGGGCGCGCGCGAGGCGUCGAGCGACGGCUGCGACGCCGCUUGCGUCCACGUCGUCCUGGCGAGAGGGACGGGCCCCCUCUCCGAACUGCACGUGGAAGGGGGCGACCCGCGAUGUCACGGACACACACAGCCGCGAGCGGCCACCCGGCCACCGCCUCCGCCUCCUUAAAUACGCGCCGCGCCGCGCCGAGCUCACCGCUAACCGACCUCUCCGUCGAUCAACCUCGGCUGGACUGGAAGCGUUUACCUCUCAGGCGUCGCCGCGGCGCGGGUGGACGGGAAGCGAGAGGGCAAGACCGAGCCGGUGCGGCGGCAGGACGGAGUGAGGAGGCGGGAGGACGACGAGGAGGAGGAGGAGGCGACGGCGCGCGGCUAGACGCGGCGGCGGGAGGGGGAGGCGAUGGGGCGCGGCGGCGGGAGCGGGGUCGCCUGGACGGGCGCGGCCGGGUGCGGCUGCGAGCUCUGCGGCGCGCCCGCGGCCGUGCACUGCGCGGCGGACGCGGCGUUCCUCUGCGCCGCGUGCGACGCCAAGGUGCACGGGGCCAACUUCCUCGCGGCGCGGCACCGCCGCACGCGCCUCCUCCUCCUCCUCCCCCCGGUGACGGCGCAAGAAGAAGAGGAGGACGAGGGGUACGCGUCCGCGGCGAGCUCGUGCGUGUCCGCGGCCGACUCGGCGUCCACGGCGCGCGGGGGCCGGGCGCGGGCCGGGAGGCCGCCGAGGAGGGGUGCGGCGGCGGCCGCGGCCGCGGGGCGCGCCGAGGUGGUGCUCGAGGCGUGGGCCAAGCGGAUGGGCCUCGCGCCGGGGGCGGCGCGCCUGCGCGCCGCGGCGGCCUGGCGCGCGCUCCGCGCCCGCGGGUCCGACGCCGCGGCCGCGCGCGUCCCGCCGCGCGUCGCCAUGGCGGCCGCGCUCUGGCGGGAGGUGGCGGCGGGAGGCGGCGGCGCCAGCCACGGCCACGGAGACGCGCUGCGGCGGCUGGAGGCGUGCGCGCACGUGCCGGCGCGGCUGGUGGUGGCCGUGGCCACGUCCCUCCUGGCGCGCGCCCGCGCCCGCAGGCGGGGGCCCGCCGUGGAGGAGGGCUGGGACGAGUGCGCGUGGGCCGGGCCCAAGUCCAAUCCGGCCCGUCCCUGAUCUCCCUUUCUUUCCUGAGCUGUGUGCUUUGCUUGCUCGAGCAUGACUGAUGAGAAGCAAAACUUCACACUUGUGGACCUUGUUUGUUACCGUUUGCCUCCGUGCUAAGCAAACCGAAAUCUCGUGGUUAGGGGUUGUUUGCUUGUGAGCUGAUAGUGGCUCAAGUAGGGACAGUGUUUGCGAAAAUUGCAAUGAUUCGGAAUGUAUACUUUUCGAAAAAAAAACUAUGAGUUAGUGUGUUGCAAUUGGCAAACUUGAACGGUUUCCUUAUA